CCCUCUAAAGGCCGUUGUUGAGAGAGGGAAGGAGAAACCGAGAGGGAGAGAGAGAGCGCGCUCGCAACGGAUACUGGAGGAGAUCUCGACCUUUUUCCGAACCCUGAUUUCGAUCUAGAAUUCCCCAACUCUCGAUUCACAGACCUUGAUUCGAAUUCCAGGUUUCGGAUAUCGGAGCUGCUCCACGGCUCCGAUGGCGCCGCCGAGAACGAGGCUUCUGCUCCUCGCCUUCCUUCUAUCACACGUUCUUGCCGCAUUCGGGGGGAAGAACUAUUAUGACGUGUUGCAAGUUCCGAAGGGUGCUUCGGAGGAGCAGAUCAAGAGGUCCUACAGGAAGCUCGCUCUGAAGUACCAUCCCGAUAAGAACCCCGGAAACGAGGAGGCCAACAAGAGAUUCGCGGAGAUCAACAAUGCAUAUGAAGUGCUGUCGGAUCGUGAGAAGAGGAGUAUCUAUGACCGUUAUGGCGAAGAGGGUGUGAAGCAGCAUGCCAAUAGCGGAGGAAGGGGUGGCGGGAUGAACAUCCAAGAUAUUUUUAACAAUUUCUUUGGAGGUGGUAUGGCUGAAGAAGAGGAAGAGGUGAUAGCAAAAGGUGAUGAUGUACUUGUUGAAUUGGAUGCCACACUAGAAGAUUUAUACAUGGGAGGUUCAUUAAAGGUUUGGAGGGAGAAAAAUGUUGUAAAGCCAGCCCCUGGUAAGAGGCGUUGUAACUGCAGGAAUGAAGUUUAUCAUAGGCAAAUUGGGCCGGGAAUGUUUCAGCAGAUGACAGAACAGGUGUGCGAGCAAUGUUCAAACGUGAAAUUUGAGCGAGAAGGUUAUUUUAUCACUGUUGAUAUUGAGAAGGGGAUGCAAGAUGGACAAGAGUUGCUUUUUUAUGAGGAUGGUGAACCCAAAGUUGAUGGUGAAGCUGGAGAUCUUAAGUUCAGGAUCCAAACAGCACCACAUGAGCGCUUCAGAAGAGAAGGCAAUGAUCUGCAUACAACUGUGACAAUUUCACUGGUCCAAGCUCUUGUUGGUUUCGAAAAGACCAUCAAGCAUCUUGAUGAACAUUUAGUGGAAAUUGGCACAAAGGGAAUCACUAAACCUAAAGAGGUGAGGAAGUUCAAAGGGGAAGGCAUGCCUUUGCACCUAAGUACAAAGAAAGGAGAUUUGUAUGUGACGUAUGAAGUUUUGUUCCCCAAGUCACUAACCGAAGAUCAGAAGACUAAGAUCAAGGCAAUUCUUUCUUAAAGCUGGCGUUCUCUCCAUUGGUAUUACUUGGUUCUCCUUUGUACUUUGACUAGGUUUAAUUGGAAGGUGUACAGCUCCUGGAAUUUUCCCAAGUGGCUCCUAUUUGAAUGAUGUCAUUGACUGUAAUCCUUGUUGGCUGCCUGUUUCCAUAGGAUGCUGUCACCUCUUCUCUUUUUUUCCCCCUUUCUUUUUUUUUUUAUUUUUUUGGGCAAUAGAUGUACUUUAGAAAAGGAAACUGAUUAAUUGGAAUUUGAUCCUGAUCUUUCUCUCCCUUAUCUCAACUAGGGCGAAAGAAAAACAUAUAUUAUAGAAUCAUGCUUGGUUAUGUAAUUCCAUUUCCACGAGACAAUUUAUGUGGACACUGCUCUCAAAAUGUAUCCAAAAUGAUGAAUUAAGAUUUCCCUUGUUAUA